AUGUCAGACGGUUCACGCCUUCGAGAAUCUUGGAAUGAUGCCUUUACCGAAGCAGAAGCCCACUUUCGCAAGCUACUUUCGGCCAACGACUGGAAGCGGGUGCAGAGCCCCAGCGACAGCGCCUCGACGAGGAAGGGCAAGACUCGAACCUAUGCGGCUCCAGAACUUGCGGACGUAGCACUGUACAGGAAGGCAACAAAGUCCGGCCAAGAUGUGUACCGCGUAGUACUCGAUGUCCCCGUACCAGCAGGCGAAGUCCCGUCGCUCGAGCCCUGGAAGGCCCUCCUCACCACCCCGGAGCUUCGGCAGGAAUGGGAUCCAUCUGUGGAGGAGGCGCAUCUAGUCGAGCUGCUGGAUCAGAACACGCGGAUUUCAAAGACCAACUUUACCCUGGGGUGGCCUGCAAACCCGAGGGAUGCCGUUACUAUAUCCCGGUCAUUCCACGACGCCUCGACGUUCAUUGACAUCUCGACGUCGUUGCCCCGUUCUCCUGACGAGCCAGCCUACCUUCGCCCUUCGCCUCCCUACGUGCGGUCCCACGUCUCCUUAUUCGCCUGGUGCAUCCAGCAUAUCACCCCGCAGCCGCCUUCCGCGGAAGCGUCGUCGUCAUCGUCGAAACGCCGGGACUCCUCAGGUCCGCGGAUGCGCGCCACCUGCUUCUGGCAGCAUGACCUCCGCGCAAUGUGGAACUUUGGCGCGCCGUCAAGUCUCCCGCAGCAGCUGUGUACGAUGACGCUCGGGCUGCUCAAGUCGAUCAAGAAGCGGGGGGCUCGUAUCGCGAAGCUGUCGGCUUUCGGGAAUGGUGUCAGCAUCGAGCGGAUGCGGUUUCAGGUUGAUAGGGAGGCUCUGACAAUCGAGUACGCUAUUGUACCGGAGGAUGAGCAAUCUGCGCCGCCGCAAGGGUUAGACGAACUGCAUGCGGCAAGAGAACAGCGACGACUGACUCGAUCGCUAGAGUGUAUUCUACCUUCGUCAGACGGCUGGGACGUUCAGUUGACUACGAAAGCAUCAUCGGAGGAUGUGGAAAGACUGCCCUGGUCAGUUCAUGCCAGCAAGACUGCUUCGAACACAGAUCCUGCGCUUCGCGACCAGAUUCGACUUCGGUUUUCGCAUGCACCUCUUAUAGAUGACCAUUCCGUUCUCAAAGUCAAGAUUGUACUUGAAGUAUCAGGCCCAUCGAGUGGGUUACGGCUUAACGGUUUACCUCAGCCAAUCGAAGAAAUUGAAGAACGAGACCCGUCCUCGUAUAUCACCCCGCAACCCAUUCUGCGGGACGUUUCAAGCGCUACGGACCUCAGCAUGAACGUGACGGCGUCCUCUACCCAUACUAGUCAAAGCUCGAUAUCUACAACCGUCUCUCCCCGAGCAUCGGGCGACCGACCUGCUGCUGCCGAAAAGUCCAUCCUGUCCCGCGUAAAACGCAAUUAUAUCUACUUUUCUUCGUUAUUGCAGGAACCCGAAGCUAAGUGGCGCAGGACUACGGAAGGGCGUGGUGUGUCUAUUACACAGCUGGAUUCCAUUGACCCUACACUUGUGGUAUAUCGCGCGGAAGCUACUUUCGUGGGAGUUGGAAUAUGGGAUCUAUACGGCGCGCUGGUGUCGCCAGGUGCACGGUCGUACUGGGACAAGCAAUACGAGGAUGCUGCACUCCUGGAAGAUGUGAAUGAACUGACGGAGUUGUGGCAUUUCAAGAGUAAACCUGCCUGGCCGGCAAAUGGGCGCGAUUGCGUCGUGCUCAAGACCGUCUAUAAAUCACCCACGGCUAUCCACGUCUUCGCCUUUUCAGCGGACGAACCACAUUUGUUCCCUAAUAUCCCGCCUGUAGACGCCAACAUCAUACGCACGCAGGUCGACUUGCAGGGUUGGGCUAUAGAAGCGCUGUCCCCAUCUACGACGCUCCUGACAUUGCUGGAGCAAUCUGACCCGAAAGGAUGGACGAACAAGACAUCUAUUCCCAACCAGAUGAUAAAUGCAUUGGCUGGCAUCGGGGAAUUUGCUAUCAAAUGCGGGGGUCCUCCCGUCCUUACGCGGUUGUCGGGCGCGAAGUCCAUCGACUCGAGGUAUGAUCACGAGCGACUGAGCUUCCGACUUCAGUACGAGCCGUCGAGGAAGCGGAUUGGUGCGGAGAAGGGCGACGAUGUAGUGAAUAGCGCUUCGCCGGAGUGCGAAAUUCGAUGCGAUGUCGAUACGUGGGCGUCCUCGCUGGACGUGGUCGUCGAUCCGCCGCCGCAUUCCAUCUCGUGUUUGCGGCGACACCGGCUUUCCAUGGAGGGCGGGGGGUUGUGGCUGACUUUGUCGCAUGAUGCGAUGCCGGUUGAUGAUGAACGGCUGUUGGUUAUCGUUCGCAAGGGGCCGGGGAAGGAGAAGGGGGUGGUAAUGGUCAACGGCGCGAAGAUCAACGUGGAUGUGGAUGAGCUUACGGAGGACGAAAUCAAGGCUCUGGGGAAGAAGAAGCGCGUCAAACCUACACGCGUACCGCUCGACCAGCCCCCUGUAAUGGGUGUCAUUCGAAAUCGCCGUGCGGAGUGGGACGCAAACUCUGAGACGACGCCUCCUGAGGGUAGCAGCCCCGCCUCGUCGGACUGGGCGUCCGCGCCGAAGAUUUCGAGUCCUCUAGCAAGGUUCCUCAGCUAUGCCGUAGAGCAAGCUACAGCUACGACACAUCAGUAUGUCUCUGCUAUCGCGCCUACGAGUGCCUACGCCGACAAUGCUGUACCGUCCUCAUCCAAGAUGCCUAUGCAAUACGCUUUGGAUGCGCUCGCGUGGAUACAGGACUCCCAUUCUAGGUCCAAUGAUGACUGGACGCUAGUCAGCGACAAAGGCAUCACGAUUCGCAAACGCAUGGCGCCCGAGAUAUCGCCCACAAUCCCCGUUCACAAGGGCGAGAAAGUCAUCGAAGGCGUCUGCGCCGAAGAGUUGUACCCGAUUAUCAACUCCUCUGAUUGUCGGAAGAAGUGGGAUGACCGCUUUGAUUCGGUGCAUACCCUGGAAUCGUUCGGGGCGCAAGCGAGUACUGCGUUUGCGACGUACAAGGCGGGAUUCCCGUUUAGGGAUCGAGGGUUCUAUCUCGCGUCGGUCAUGUCCCGUUCUACUCUACCUUCUCUCUCUCGUCGGUCCACGACGGAUGUGAACGAGACCUCGAAUGGGACUAAGAACGCGAUAUUCUGCGUCUCUGCCUCGUUCAGCCCUCAAUCAGUUGCUGGAUUCAGCGCUGCAAAGUUUAAUCCGUCCACAUUGCCCAUCGGCCGCGUGUUCAUUGACGCAUGGGUGCUCGAAACUCUUGACCCUUAUACGAAGGAAAACUACGCUAUACCGUCAACGAGAUGCACGAGAAUCACGGCGGUGGAUUUUGCGGGAGCGAUUCCCGUCGCUGUGAACUCGAUGGUUAACGCGAUGUUACCGAGAAAUAUCCUUUCGUUAGAGGCCUACGUCAAAGCUUCGACGGUCUGGCCUAUAACACGGCUGCCUUCUCCCGGGUUCAUUGUGACUGACCGGAAGCCAGACGAUCUAAUAGCGGGCCUCAGCGUGUCGUCGAGUUCAUGGAAGCUACGCAAGCGGGAUGAAAUUAGGACGCUUCUGGAUACGUCGUACACUGCGGCCUCGAGGGAGUACAAGAGUCUGAUCACGAUCAACCUCACGCAGCAUCAUUCACCCAGGUCGCCCACUGUGAAGCCUGAUUCUAGCCAGCUCCGUUCUCCUCCUUCCAUGGCUUUGGAAAUCUCUGAUCCCGCUACGUAUCAGAAGCUCUUCCCUGAGGACGAGUCGCACGAGCCAGAGGCAAUUUCAAGAGGCAACGAUUCUCCCGAGUCGGGCUCGAGGACAGGAAGUAUCAGAACUAAGACACCACCUGAAUUGACGACUCCCUCUGCGAUACGCCAUGCAAAGACGUUUUCCGUAUCCACUCCCCCGAGCACCUCUACCUCCUCCCUACCAUCUAAAUCUCCAUCCCCCAAACCACUCUCCCCUCCGCCUAGCACGACAUCCUCCCGUCUGACCGUCCGAGGAAGGACGUCUACGUCAGCGUUUACAGUUAAGGGAGAAGUCCGGCCUCCUGCUGAUAUCUUAGCCGGGGAAAUUAUUGUCGACUCGAAACUAUACCCUGAAGGGUACUCCGUCAAUUUUCAGUCGCGGAUACAUGCGAAAGGGGAGGCCAUAAGUCUCGAUGAUUUUUACGCUACGUCCUCUCCUUCCCCUUCCCCUCCAUCGUCAUCACCUGCAUCAUCACCACCACCGCCACCAUCAGACCUCCCACUCACCGUCUCAGUAUACACGCUCCCUCCAUCACCACUGCACCCAUCUACGCUUUCCGAUGAACCCUCUUCUUCUCAACCUCGACAUCUUGUUAGGUUCACCCUCCCCACGGCGAAAUACGAGAUGCAAGUGAGCACCGUUAUCGACCCACUCACUGGAGAAGUGCGCGAGGCGAAGGAGGUUCCUGAGUGGCUCGCCAGGCUCAGGCAAGGCGAUAUAGCGGUAGUGUCCUUUGGUAUAAAGCCCUUGCUGCUGAAAGAUAGUGUGUCGGCGAGUUCUACCACUGUUCCAAAGACACCCUCUGUUAGUCACGAGAAGAACAAGGUCGAGGUCGACGGCGUUGGGGUUCCUGUCUUGGAUGAGAUGGCAUCUCUUCGGAGUAUUGGACGGGACGAUCUUUUGGAUGAUAGAACCGGGAAGACAUGUCUCUUGGUUAGAGUACCUGCUGAUGCGGAAUCGUUAACGCUGCCUCCUGAGUUCCAGUCACCGAUAGCUGUGGCCUCGCGAUUCUUGGAUGACGUUGUAUCAAAUGCAACCUCCCCCAUGAGCGCCGACGGCUCUGCGCCCUUGACACCCUCCACGGAAGAUGCUAGCAAACUGGAAGGUGAUGGAAGCGGUAAUGUGACUGAGAAGGAGGAGGAUGUGCCACAACAACCCCAGUCAGGCGCGAAGCCUCUGGGACGCACGCCCUCAGGUCUCAUGGGAUUUUUGAACUCGUAUCAAAACCCCUGGUCGCGCUUUGCCUACUCCAAGACAACUCCUACCUCCACGCAGCCGACCCCGAAAUCAGAAGACGCUCCUUCCGAAGAGCACAGAAUCCCCGGAAGCCUCCCCUUGGCUACCACCACCGCCCGAUCCAUCCGCACCCAGCGGACCUACCCUCUAUCUACGGUGAUCAUAGUUGCCUUAAUCGCUUUCUUAAUUGGUUCCUUGCUUCGUUCAUUGUUGUCUCCAGCCGACUUUGUCCUUGUCCCCGACACUUCUUCAGACUUCAGUGCGGUGCCAGUCGUUGGGCCCGAGAUCGGGCACGGUGCGCAUCCCAAAGAGGCGUGGCGUGAGCUGAGGAGGCUGUUCGAGCUCAAGUACAUAUUCGGGGGCUGGGAUUUCCAGAUUGCUAUGGUGAGGAGACAUUAA